AUGCGCCUCCUCAGAUGGGGAAUCCGGGCGGGAGAUUCCGGCGAGGAGGAGGAUGGUGACCGUGGGGCUCCUCCCGUCCGGGGGGGAUCGUGGCUUGCGGUGGCCCCUGGGCGCUGCUCCGAGCUGGAUCUCGAUGGGAUGCAGCGCGUGGUCGGCGGCACCGAGGCGCGCUCGCACGCCUGGCCCUACCAGGUCUCCCUGCAGUAUUACUCCGGGGGCGGCUGGUACCACACGUGCGGAGGCUCCCUCAUCCAGAGGAACUGGGUGAUGACCGCCGCACACUGCGUCAACAAUAACCUGAACUACCGUGUGGUGGCCGGCGAGCACAACCUCAACGCCAACGAGGGCAGCGAGCAGAUCUUCAGCGUCAGCAAGAUCAUCGUCCAUCCCUACUGGAACAGCAACAACGUGGCCGCCGGCUACGACAUCGCCCUGUUCCGCCUGAACGGCUACGCCUCCCUGAACGGCGCCGUGCAGCUGGCGGUGCUGCCCCAGGAGGGCACCAUCCUGCCCAACAACUACCCCUGCUACAUCACGGGCUGGGGCCUGACCCGCAGUGAGUGCCGGGCUCCCCCCGGCGAUUCCGGCGGUCCCCUGCACUGCGCCGUCAACGGGCAGUACCAGGUGCACGGCGUCACCAGCUUCGUGUCCAGCCAGGGCUGCAACGUCCUUCGCAAACCCACCGUGUUCACCCGCGUCUCCGCCUACGUCUCCUGGAUCAACAGCGUCAUCGCCCAGAACUGAGCGCAGCGGGACCAGCGCUCGCUGCCCCUCGCCCAUGGACAUCCCCUGA